AUGAGAUUUCUCUGUUUUUGUAUUCUGUUAACUUUUCUUGUGUUUCAUGAGGUUAAAACGCAUUUCUGGCAUCAUUCAAGACCACAAGGGGGCAUUCCAGCAAACUUCCCAUUCAUCCCUGGACCACAAAUACCUCCCUUCAAUUCAAGCUUCUUCAAUAUGUUACUGAAGCUUUCUUCUUUUCAUUUAAGACGUUCCAUUUAUUCCUUCAUUUGUAUUUCAUUACAAUGUCACUCGAAGGACUUUCAGUUAUUGGUAGAUAUGGAGUUACCAGAACCUCAAAGAAUCAAAACUAUUUCAGUAUUAACAAGACCUUUGAGACCUUUGAGAAAAAUAAAAUCCAAAAGUUUGACCAUGUGCGAAAAAAAUAUUUAA